AUGGCGGGUAUGUUAGAAGAGCACAGAAAUAUCAUCACAAGUCACCGUGCGGACCUUGUUAAGGACUUGGAACCUUCAAAGGUAUUAAAUUACCUGUUCGAAUGUCUUGAUGAAGAUGACAGGGAGUAUGUCAAAGCUCAGGGUACGAGAGGAGACCGUGCAGAAGAAUUAAUCGAUAUGAUUCCAAGAAGAGGACCUACAGCUUUCCAGUGUUUUGUUGCUGCUUUGUACAAGAGACAGCGUCAUCUGGCCAUCCCUCUGAUACAAGAGUCAGGCAUUGAUAUUUCGUCUUUUGAGAAAGGUAAGGACAUUUUACUUUGAGUCUUAUUCCCCAUUCCAGAAACUAUAAGGGGAAGGUUGUGACAAAUGUAACAUCGACCCAGGUGUUAUGUUGUGUCCAAUGGUUUUAGUGAAAACAAGGGUUUGUAGGGUUGCUCAGUCUCAUGGGCUCAAAAACUCCCUUUGGUCCACCUUAUUUUGUAUUUGCCUAAAUGGAAUGGGUACAAGCUUUCAUCACAACGAUUUCUGGGAUCGUGUUGGUACACAAGUAUGACUUAUGACUGGUUAAUGGUUCCCUUGAAUACUAUCAACCCAUCAUAACUAACGCCAAUCCCAAAAGUCAUUGUGCCCAAUGCUUGUACCCAUUCCCCUUGUAGUUUCUAGAGUGCAUUAUGGAAUCCCGCCUAUUCAAACAUGUCGAUAGUAAAUGGAAAUUUUUCUGUCAAUCAAAUGUCCCCUAUUAUUUGAAAGUACGUGAAAGUGGAAAUUGGUGAAACAUUUUUUAGUGUUUUGGAGACAACAGAGCAACAAAAGAUACCAGAAAGAUCAAGUUAUACACGACAGUCUAA